AUGAUCCAAAAAAAAAAAAAGAAAUUUUUAACAGAAAGCCUUCGUUAUACAGUUGCCCAAGAGGAAUUAGCCAACAUGGAUGUGCUCGUUUGUGGACGCUGCUUGCGCGCCUUUAACUUUGUUGAGGAGUUUCAGUCGCACAAGGAGGAUGAUGCCUGUGAGAAGGAAAAUUCAAGUUUGAAGGAAUCUCUCGACACCAAGCCCACAAUUUGGGCAUUCACGCUUUGGAAGGCCACACAGUUACACACACGCAAGGAAAGUAACAUUUCCAAUUCCUGGGCACUUUACCAGCACUGGGUAAAGCUAGAAGAGAGCGUGCGUGARCCUUGGAUUGUUGCCGGUCGGACAAUACAGUCCUUUGGCAAAAUCGGGCAUGGCCAACUGCAGGAUAUGCCUGUGCGCAUCACCAAAACUGUUGUGAAUCCCAACAACAAUAAUAACAACAACAGCACUGCGAACAGUAACAACACUUCAAGUGUUUCGCCCACAAGAAAAUCGCCUGGUGGUAAAUUGCCAACUGUUGCUUCACAACUUAAGGAUACAGAAAAUGAACGACCCAAAUCGAAGCCAGGUACGCCCACUCCACCUGGAGCCUCAGCACAAUCGACAUUAUCGGGCGUUGUCAAGAAUAACAAUCGCAUUGCCACGCGAGUCGAUCCCAAAACUGAGCAACGAACUGAGGAGGCUGUGGACAGUAUUGUGGCGAAACGCUUUAAUCCACGCCGGAAAACCCAUGAAUAUCUGGUUAAAUGGAUUGAUCGGUCGCACAAUGAAAAUACAUGGGAGGUGAUGGCCAAUUUGGAGCGAGUACCCUACUUUCUGCAAAUGUUUGAAAAGCAGCUGGCGCGGCAGAAGCUUAAGCGUGAGAAGAGCCUAGAUGCUCUUAAGCGUAUGCAGCAGGAAAAACCACAGCAAGACAAACAGCAGUCUCAGACUGGAGGCAAAUCGGACGCCGCCCCGCAUAGUCCACAAUCCUCUGCAAUAUCACCCAAUUCAAGCACAGGCGCAUCGCGUCCAUCACGCACUUCCAAGACCAAAGCUAUGGAUCAAUUCAAACAAUGGGUUAGCGAAGGCGGUACCGGCGAGGGCUCGACGUCGCCCUCCUCGGCUAAUGAGGAUGAGUCUGCAACGGAACAGGAAUGGUCGACAACUGGAUCGACGGCAACAGGUAUUAAACGGAAAUUAAAUCAUACAGAUUCCAGUUCGGAWGCUGCUGGACUAAAUGCCUCCAAUGACUCGAUGGAACUGGAAGAUCUUGAGGAGGAUCUAAUACCUUCGCACACUGUGAAGCGUUUAAAAAACGGCGGCAGCUCCGUGCAGCUGAAUAAGCCCAAAAUACCAACCACGCCUGCUCGCAUCAAUGGCAAUUCCUCGUCCAGCUCUCUUUUUGGCGAUAAGGAGCAGAAAAUGGGUGAGGUCAUCUACACGGAGGACAGCACAAGCACGGGCCUGUUCCGAAAGCCCGAAAUGCCCAAUACUAUAUACGCUAAACGUAAUAAGCUUGAGUGUCCAGUGCGUUAUUUAUCCCGCUCUGAAAUGGUCAACAACAACAGCGGCAUCUUUCGCGUAGAACAAUCGGAGAGUAGCGCACUUUCGCCAGUUCCAAAACCUAGCCAGACAACCACAUCCUCGGUGGGCAAGCGCAUGGCUGUUGGUCGAUCAUCUGGCAACAAUUCRCCGGUUACCGUUGGUCAGCGCACGCAUGUGUUGCGCACUCCUGGCCAGGUGCCUCCUAUGCAACGUCGGCCUGUGGGCAGCAGCAGCACGCCCAAUCCGCUGCGACAGACGCCAAUGGCCGCCAGAGCUGGAGGCGGAGCUGCCACUGGAGCUGGAGCACGCAUGCUGGUCACGCGCGCCAAUACGCCACAGCAGCGACAAGUGGCUGGAUCCAAGGCGGUAACGCCAGAGCAAAAGAUAUUGCAAUUAUCAAAGUCUGGGGAUCUCAAGGUGACGCGGAAGGUGAUGACUCGAGAGGAUCUACAGGCCCAGCGUGUUGCGCAGGUGCGCCAACAGCGUCAGCAGCAAGCGCAAGCCUUGCAACAGCAACAGCAGCAGGUGCAGAUCCAGAAGGUCCAACAGUUGAACCCACUGAGACAACGCACUACAAAUGCAGCAGUCGCUAAAGCACAACCCAUGCAAAUCGAGAUGGAGGUAGAGCAGGAAGAUCUGCAACAGCAUCAGGCACAGCUGUGCCCCAUUACUGGCAAGCUAAUUGGCCAGGAGGAGACGCAGCUUCAAAUGGAACAGGAGCAACAACAGGAACAGCAGCGCGAAGAGCUAGAAGCUGCCGCUCAAGCGCUGCUCGGUGGUGAUCAGCAGGUGCUCACCAACGAGGAUGGCUCCGCGUUGCUGGUGCGUGGCGAAGAUGGCACCGUCUAUCAGGUGGCCGGCAAGAAUGCCGAGGGCCAGACAAUACUCGUGACCCAGGGACCCGAUGGGGAGCAACAGUUCGCCUAUGUGGCAGCCGCCGAGGGCGAUGAUCAGGAUGUGUUAACGCUGGACAAUGCUGUGGCUGAAGCCGUCGCCGCUGUGGGCCAACAAGGCGAUGCCACCGCUGAUGGCGAGCAUAUACUUGUGACCAUGACUGAGGAGGAACUGGCCCAGCAUCAGGCUGCUGUGCUGCAGCAGCAGCAGCAGCAGCAACAGGAAGCGGCAUCAGCGGGCAGCACGCCACACACGGCGCAGAUUCACAUCACAACAUCGGACAGCGAUGGCACCGAGGCACAAAUACCUGCCGAGGUGGUGCAAGCGGAUUUACCUUCCCCAGGUGGAACCCGUCGCGUAGUUUUGUUGCUGCAGGAUGGCACCUUCAUGAUGACUGAGAUGCAAGAAGAUCAGUUCAAGACGCUAAAUAUCCCGACGUAAAGAAUUAAAAAGAAAAGAUAUAUAGCAUGUAUGUAGGUCGUAAGCAUUAUAACGAUACAUAAAUAUAAAGCACGGGCCGUUGUUGUAAGGAUACACAAACACACACACAAGAAAGAAGGAAACCCGCUUAAAAUUUAAGCAUCGGCAUCCUGUAGCUGUAGCCGUAUCCGUAGCCGUAGCUGUUCCCAUUUUGCCAACCAUAUCGCACAUUGAGCAUACGCAUUCCCCAUCCUUUUACUCUAAAAACUUCUAUUUUUUUAAAUAAUUCAAUUCGAUCUAUUCAGAAGGUCCAUGCAAACAAAAACAAAUAGCUARCUUUGCAGUAAUUGAAAUUUUCUUCAGUAAAGUAAUAUUACUUUGACAUGAUGGGGUUGAGAUCUGUUUUAUAUAUACAUAUAUGAGUAAGAAGCUAUGUAAAUUUUGAAGAUUGCAGAGUUUUCUGAUCUAAUGGAUAAGUCGAUUCCAAGCGUAAUCUUCAAUCAUGAACAGCGGCAACAAAUAUACAUUAGAAAACUUACAUACAAAUCAACUUGUACUUGUAUUAAUUAAAGCAAGAAAUUAUAAACAAAAACAAGCAAACAAAAAC